UAUCUUGCUCCGUCAUCAUCUCAUCGUGUUCCCUCUCACAUCACCUAGUGUCAUAGUGAGACAUUUCUGACCACGGCCACCAACCAAACCUUAACCCACCACGCAUGACAUAAACUUGUCUCACAUCUCAACUAAGAUCUUCCCUCCGACUUCAUCACUCUCUCUUCCUUUCUUCUCCCGGACCUGUCGCCUCAGCAUACCUCACUUUGCCUGCGGAACACCACUGUCGCAUAGAUAAUACUGGUACAUCGAAAUGGCAGCAGCGGAGUAUUACAGCCCAGGUGGGCUGGGUGCACCAUCACAGCCUUCGCCGCGUCACUCACCACAACCCGCUGCGGCGCAUCCGUCACAGCAACACCUCAACCCACCAUAUCCCAUCUCUGACGCACCACCGCCAUACGAAGAAAUAUCCUCGUCGCACGCAUCCGUACCACGGCCGACGUCUUCACAAAACCAAUAUCGUCCAUCAUCGACCUCACAGUAUCCCGAUGACAAACCACCCGCGCCUCCGGUCGGCAGACCACAGAACGGAUCUCCUUCACUCAACGUCUAUGCGAAUCCUCAACUACGUCCUUCUCGAGAAUCGCUAGCAUACUCGUCCGCACCAUACGCACAACAACCACCCCCGCCAACCUCACAACCGGCCAAAACGGGACACCUCCGUCCCGAUUACAACCCCAACUCUGCAGCGGCGGUCGAUGCGGCAGGACGUCGCCCGACUUCGACACCACCCAAACUGCACGGCAUCCUCAAAAACAAACACGACGCAUCACCCUACUACGAACCCUCGCGCAGCCGCAGUCGCAGCAGCUCCCGCGACCGCCACCGACGACGUCGCCACCACUCCCGCCACCACAGCAACACCAACGUCAACGACGGCCACAAACGAUACGACAGCCACCAGAGCGACUACGCACCACCCAUGCCGCCCCGCUCCAGCACACAAUCCUAUUCCUCACAACCACAGCAGCAGCAGCAAAAGAAAGGCAACAGCGUCAAAACCUUCCUCGGCGCCGGCGGCGGUGCGUUGAUCGGCGACUGCAUCUUCCCGGGUCUAGGCACCAUCGGCGGCGCGAUCUUGGGUGGCCUGGGCGGUCAUGAGUAUGGCAAACGGAACAAGGAGAUCGCAUCUGCGGCAGCCUCGUCGUCAUCUUCUUCGAGAGGUCUGAACGAAGGAAGGGACCGGGGAAACCCACGACCUCGGGCGUACAGCAACGACGACGACUAUUACUACCACGAGGAGAGGAGGAGGGGGAGGAAACACUAAAAUGUAGGAUCCGAGGGUUGGAUCAGGUGGAUGACACGCACGCGCUGGAUCGCAUGGACACGAUUCUAACGAACUGCAUUUCCUUUUCAUGACUUUACGGGAAGAACAAGUGAAAGGUCACGGGUGGCUAUCACCACUGCCACGGUCACGUUUCGCCUGCUUCGUUCAAGUCCUUUGGCGUUUCUCUCCGCGAGCGAUCUCUUUUUCUUCUAUUCAUUGGUAUACCCGGGACGAAGUAACGGCCUUUUUAACGAGUUAUGAAUUCUCCAUAGUUUUGCAUAACACAUUUUACUUAUUGA